AUGACGACUGUGAGCACUGAGACUGGGACAUGUCCAAUGUUGUCUGUCCAGCCCAAUCGAGGUUUGGUGGACGAGAAGUUUCAGGUUUCCGUAACUAAUCUUUUACCAAAUCAAGAGGUGACACUGCACUCUCUACAUCUGUCAGAGGAGAAGGACUUCUGGGAGGUGUUUGGACACUAUAUCAGUGAUGAACAUGGAACAGUGAAAGUGGCCAGAAAGGAUAGUUUGGGAGGCACUUAUAAAGGGACAGAGCCGAUGGGGUUGCUGUGGAGCAUGAGGCCCGUGCCAGGAAGUAUCUUAAAGUUGCACAUAAGCAACAUCUUAAAACCAAUGAUAGUUCUUAUUUCAGUAUAUGAGGGGCACCUUACCCAAGGCUUCAGCCAAAAAGCACCCCUGGCAACCAGCAUCACAGAACGCUGGUACAUAGCGCCAGGUGUGCAGAGGGUGGAUGUGAGGGAGAAAGGAAAACGAGGAACAUUAUUUCUGCCUCCAGGCCCUGGGCCGUUCCCUGGAGUGCUGGACCUGUGGGGUGGAGGUGGUGAUUUGGUUGAGUAUCUCCCUUCCCUGCUUGCAUCUCAUGGAUUUGCAUCACUGGCACUAGAGUACUUCUCUCCAAAAAAGCUGAACACAGCAGAUGUUGACACAUCUUACUUUGAGAAAGCAUACCAGAUCCUACAGAAUCAUCCGAUGGUACAAAAAGAUUGUCUGGCUGUGCUUGGACUAUGCUUUGGAAGUGCAAUAACACUCAGUUUGGUGGCCUACUCUGAAGUCAUUAAGCCCCAGUGCUGUGUGUGCAUUAGUGGUGGUCAUAUGCUUCUUGUUGAUAAAUCCCUCUUUGACGCAUUGACGAAAAGAAAAAGUGAGCAUACGGAUAAGAUACGUGUGAAUGAAGAUAACCAGAUUAUCUGCAGAGACAUCCUCUUGUCGAUUCCUACAGACCCAACUCUCAAAGCCGAUGUUGGGAGAAUAAAGUGUCCACUUCUGUUGGUGACUGCUGGUGAUGAUCAGACCUGGCCUGCAGUUGAAUGUGCUGAAGACAUGGAGAUGAUGAUGUUGAAAGCAGGAAAUGGGCACUUGUUGGAAGUCCUGACAUAUCCUGAAGCGGGUCAUUUGAUUGAACCCCCUUACUCUCCUCACUUCCGUGCAACUAACUUCAACAUGCAGGGGUUUCUGGAGAUCAUGGUCAUGCUGUGGGGUGGACAGACCAAACCGCAUUCAUAUGCACAAGAGGACGCCUGGAAGAAGAUUUUAUCAUUUAUGCGGCAGCACCUCUAUUUCAGUUCAACGCUAUAUUAAGGCUUUUCAUCAAUGAGCACUAUUUUUGUAUGUGCGUUACCUGCAGCACUACGACUACGUGCUCUGUCUUUUACGAUUUGUCGUGAUAGCAAGAAAUCUAAGUGCAAUUUGCGUGUCUUGGCAUCACACGACUGUGCGUAUGCAUGCAAACAGUGGGUGAAUUCACAGAAGUACAUGGGAGGUUAAUUUGAAUAAAGUGGCACAAGGCCUAAUAUGCUGUUUUUGUAAGAAAUAAGUUAUUGCUCAAAACGUCUGAGAACCACAUCUAUUCUCAGCACAAAGUCUAAACUCAAACUUUGCAUUCUAUUGGGGAUUUUAUCAAAGUGCAUGUUAAACUUCUGAAUUACAAUGGCACAUACAAUUAUGUCCCUGACAAUUGCAGUUAAUACUAGCCAUGGUGUUGUGUGUCAGUACAUCAAUAUGAUUAAUUAUAUACUUACAUUAUCAUAUCAUAUCUAUCAUUAUAAUGGAGCCUACAUCCAAUUAAUUCCGACGAGUACCACCUUUUCCAUGCGCGCACACACACACACACAUAUACAUAUA